AUGAAAUGUAGAAGGACCUGCUUGAAGGCUCUCCUAUCUCUUUCCUUAACACCUGCUGGAAGAACAAUAGACAGUUUUACUAAGGAUAUAGGGCUCGUCAAAACCAAUCCUACACUCCUCCAAACAUUCUAUGACUACAUCUCUGCGAAGUAUGGAGUGAAGUGCGAGAUAGGGAUGAGUUUAGUGGAAAGAAUGGUGAUGGCCGACGGCUUCAAAUAUCUUUUGAACAUAAACGAUCCUGCCAACGAACUUACAAACAAGAAAAUUCUUCUGUAUAGAUGGAUCAGCCCAGAACAUUUAGAGCUUGGAGUGGAGAGGGAGAUGCUGGAAGACAUCUCUAUAAGAUUUAAGAACAUUUCCAUUUUGCAAACACCAACAGAAAAGAUAUCUCACAUAAUGGGCACCAUAGAAGAACUGUGCAGUGCCGUCGGAAGAAAUGAAGGGCAGGACAAGAUACUCCCAUCUAUCAUCUAUUGCAUUAUAAAGUCGUCAGUGCCAAAUAUAUACUUGGAAGUCCAGUUUAUGGCUAUCUACAGAAGAAGAGGCGUUGAGAAAUGUAAAGAAGGAUGUACUCAUGGGCUUAACAUCGAUGUUGAUUGCGAAUGCCUCCCUAGCAAAACAUACUGCGAGAGGGAAAUAGGCUAUUACUUGACAUCAGCACAGGCAGCAGUGGACUUCAUCAGAAGAAUGGAAUUUUACGAUUUGAAAAUCAGUGAAGGAGAGUUUCAUCGGAACAUGAUGGAUGCAAUAGAGCUAGUAAAGGACAUUUGA